AUGGCCACCACCAAGCAGCCCAUCUGGCUCCGUUGCGAGAAGAAGCCCCACGAGCACCGAUCUGCCCUCACCCCCACAACCGCCAAGACGCUCCUCGACGCCGGCUUUGACGUUUACGUCGAGCGUGACCCCCAGCGCAUCUUUGACGACGCCGAGUUCGAGGCCAUUGGCGCCAAGAUUGUCGAGCACAACUCGUGGCCCAACGCACCCCACGACAUCCCCAUCAUUGGCCUCAAGGAGCUGCCCGAGUCCGAUGAGCCCCUCCCGCACACCCACAUCCAGUUCGCCCACUGCUUCAAGCAGCAGGGUGGCUGGAACGACGUUCUCCGUCGCUUCGCCAAGGGCAAGGGCACCCUCUACGACCUCGAGUUCCUCGAGGACCCCGUGAGCAAGCGCCGUGUCGCCGCGUUCGGCUUCCACGCUGGCUUUGCUGGUGCGGCCGCCGGUGCGCUCGCGUACGCCGCUCAGAAGGAGGACGGCGGCAAGGGCGUGCUCAAGGGCCUCAAGCCCUACCCUAACGAGGCCGCCAUGGUCGCCGAGGUUAGCGACGCGCUCCAGAAGGCCGGUGGUGCCGAAAACGUGCGCGUCCUCGUCAUUGGCGCGCUUGGCCGCUGCGGCUCCGGCGCCGUCGACCUCUUCCGCAAGGCCGGCAUCAGGGAGGAGAACAUUCUCAAGUGGGACAUGGCCGAGACUGCCAAGGGUGGGCCCUUCCAGGAGAUCCUUGACGUCGACAUCUUUGUCAACUGCAUCUACCUCUCGCAGCCCAUCCCCAAGUUUGUGACCCGCGAUUCGAUGAACGCUGCUGGCCCCGAGAGACGCCUUGCUGUCGUUGUUGACGUGUCGUGCGAUACUACCAACCCCCACAACCCCAUCCCGAUCUACGACAUCAACACCACCUUCCCAGAGCCCACGGUCGAGGUUGGUGGCCUGGACAAGCGCUGCACCGUCAUCUCGAUCGACCACCUCCCUACCCUCCUUCCCCGUGAGGCGAGUGAGCAGUUCUCGACCGACCUCCUUCCCCACCUCCUCACCCUGCCCAACCGCGCCAACGAGCCCGUGUGGGUCAACGCCGAGAAGCUCUUCCGCCAGAAGCUCGCCGAGGCGGGCGACGAGGACAAGAAGCUCGGCAUCAACUAG